AGCCUGAGCCUGAGCCUGAGCCUGCGUCUGCACCGAGCACACGACCUGCUCAAAACACCGUGUUUUCUACGCUUCGCUCUCCCUCUCAUCAGCACUGCAAAUCUUUUGCUUCUCGAAAACUUCACAGCGAACGCUUUGCUCGGUCACUGCACACCUCGUCCAUCGUCCAAGCGAGACUCUUGACCGUCUGUUGUCGUGUACUUCUCCGCAAGCACAAUGUCUGCUGACCUCGAUCUUCCUCCGCCUAUCUCAGAGCAGCCCCAGGCUACCGCCGCCGCUGCUGCUGAUGAUGCUGCUGCUGCUGCUGCUGCCGCCGUGCCCGAGUCGUCUGUCGCUGAACAGGUAGACGGCAGCUCUGCGUCAAACGGAAACUUGGCGGAUACUCUCGUCAAUAGUAAGUUCCAAGCCCGAACGCCUCUCUUAUCAUCACACAGUCCAGCUGCUGCUCUCCACUUGAUCUGUCCACCAAAACAAAAUUCCUUCACACACCUCUCUCUCUGACCACGUCCAACAACAGCUGCCAAACAAGCCAUGGAUACCGUCGGCAACCAUCCAGUCACGCAGAGUGCCAAGGACACCGUAGUAAAUGGUCCUGUAGGCCAGAGCGUGCAAAAGGAGACCGCAAAGACGUCGUCCGAGUUCAAAGAUCUGGCCGCUGCGAGACAAACUCCAGACACGCCGGCCGCCACUGGCCAGCCGUUGACUCACUAUCACUCGAUGUUCUACCGAUUGUUGAGUUGGAAGAACCCUCGCGCGACAACCAUCACCUUCCUUGCGACCGUAGCCUUCAUCUUCGCUGCUCGAUACCUCAAUGUUAUUCGAUAUACAUUCAAGGCACUGUACCUCGUGCUUGGUGUGACCGCCGCAUCCGAGGUUGCUGGCCGACUGGUGCUUGGUGAGGGCAUCGCCACCAAGUUGCGACCAAAGAAAUACUUUGUCAUUCCCAAGGAAUCCCUUGAGCGUCUUCUGGACGAUGUCGAACAGCUGAUCAAUUUCUUUGUUAUCGAGUUCCAGCGUGUGGUGUUUGCCGAAAACAUCUGGGCCACCUUCCUCGCUUUCAUCUCCUCUUUUAUCUCUUACUGGCUAAUCAAAUGGCUUCCUCUGUGGGGCCUUGCCCUUAUCUUCGAUGUCUUCCUUUUCAUCGGACCUCUCAUCUACAUCAAGAACCAGGCCAUCAUCGACCAGCACCUCAGCCACGCUAAGGAGGUUGCCUCAGCGCAAGCAAGUCAGGUUCGCGAGAUCGCUGCACAACACACUGGUCGUGCUACCGAAUCGCUCAAGGGCUACACUAGCGAGUACACCAAAAAGGCGCAAGAGAUGAUCGGACAAGCCAGAGGAAAGGCUAGUGGUGUUCAGGCGAGCGACCUUCCGAACGCACCGAAGGAUGAGCCCGUCGCAAAGGCUUCCGAACCUGAGCCGGUUCCAGCUUUGUGAACAAUAUGCUCUCUACCCGAAACGUAAUUGCCAACGACCGAAGCAUACCCCUUCCACCUUUCUUCCACCAUACCAUGAUAAUGAGGAGAUGAAUGGACUAUGUAAUGAUGGUUGAAAAUUGAACGAACGACGGCAAACUUGGGACGAUGGAUGACGGAGAGGCGUUUCUUCCUGCACCUUGUUUUGGAAUCGUCACGAAACUCUUGUCUUCCAUGCCUGAAAUCCCUUUUUCCACACUUCCCCUCCUUCUGCUUGGGCGCGAUUUGGAAGCGAGCGAUUUUCUCAAACCUUGUAUUUGGGGAGCGGAGCGACCUUUCUCGCCGAAAUUGUAUUAUUCUAUUGCUCCUCCUGUUAAAAUUUUUCUAUUGCAGGACAACCGUAUUGGGAGUUUUCCUAGGAAAAGCCAAGAACUGUGUCGAACAACGAAGGAGAGCGGCUUUCGAUAGGAUAGUACAUAGCAUCGCGUAAGCAUUAUUUGGUGCGUGCACUUUAAACUUUUUUUUAGAGAUUUGUUUUGAAUUCUUGCGACUUCCAUCUCCGUCUAGUCGUACAUUACUUUGAUUCAUAUAUAUCACAUACUCUAUCAUAAG